AUGCAUGCUACAUCUUUAGCACUUGAAACGAUUUCUAGGGCUGCGUCCACAUGCAUUGAGAAGAACAUUCAUAGCAACAUUGACAUCGACAUUGGUGAUGCCAUGAACUUUGAGUUUAGAUGCUGCGCAAAGACAAAUGCCAGCUUGGAAAUUAUUAAGUCCAUUAAGGUUUCUGCAGCAAGGCUUUGCCAAAAUUGGGCGAAUAAUCCCUCGGACAGAAGAGGAGGUGGAGGAGAUGAUGGUGGUGGUGGCGGUGGUGGAGAUGGAUUAGAUGGAGGUGGUGGGGGAGGAGAUGGGACGGGGGGUUGGCCAUUGCCUGAAGGUGGGACUGGGGUUUGGCCACUGCCAGGAGGUGGGACGGGCGGUUGGCCAUUAUCUGGAGGUGAGAUGGCGGGUUGGCCAAAGCUUGGAGGUUGGCCAUUGCCUGGAGGUGGGAUUGGGGGUUGGCUAUUGCUAGGAGGUGGGAUGGGAGGUUGGCCUGGAACUGGAGGUUGGCCACUACCUGGAGGUGGGACAGGGGGUUGGCCACUGAUCGGAGGAGGGACGGAGGGUUGGCCAAUGCUCGGAGGUGGGACCGGUGCCUUACCACUACCCGGAGGUGGGGCGAGAGGUUGGCUACUUCUUGGAGGUGGGACGGGAGGUGAAAGGGGGGGUUGGUCAUUGCCUGGAGGUGGUACCGAAGGUUGA